AUGAAUACGUUCGUGGGCAAGUGUGGAAAACAUUUCUUUCUGAGUAAUGCAAUUCAUAUUCAGUCGAAACCAUUGAGUGCAUCGCUAUUUAAACCUUUAGGAUUCAACUGGCUAGGUAAAACUACUGUUGGACUUGAACAAGUUAUUUCAGCAAGAAAACCAAGCACAACUAGGUUUUUCUGCAAGACCUCAGGUGUGACUUAUGGGUGGAAAGAUAUGCUAACGAACAAAGGCAAUAGUCGAUAUGCUAGACUGAAUAGGUUUCAGCAAUUCCAAGGCGGCAAUAAUAGUGGAAAUCCUUUCUCCAAAAACAGCCUUAGGAACGUCACUUUAACAGGAGUGGCUUUAAUAGCCGGUACUUUCGUAAUAACACCGUACCUUUUUCAGUAUGUUCCCCCCUUCACGUAUUUCAAGUACCAUCCGAGUCAUUUGGUCUACGCCAUACUUGGUGCAAACUGUGCCAUCUUCGCACUUUGGCAAGCUCCUAAGUACUGGCGAUUUCUCCAAAGGUACAUGCUGCUUGAGAAAGACCACAUAUAUAGUAAAUGGUCUCUGAUAGGAAGCGCAUUCUCACAUCAAGAGGUUUGGCACUUGGGUAUGAAUAUGUUAGCUUUAUGGUCUUUUGGAACUUCACUAGCAACCAUGCUAGGGCCUGCCAAUUUUUUUUCACUCUAUAUGAAUAGUGCGAUAGCUGGUUCUCUAUUUUCUCUAUGGUAUCCUCACAUUGCACGCAUUUCAAUGAUGGCCCCAAGUUUAGGGGCUAGCGGAGCACUUUUCGGCGUAUUUGGUUGCUUUUCAUAUCUUGUCCCAAAUGCCAAAAUCAUGCUGUUCGUCUUCCCCAUCCCAGGUGGGGCGUGGUUGACAUUCCUUGGUUUUAUGGCUUGGAACGCGGCAGGAUGUGUUUUAAGGUGGGGAUCCUUUGACUAUGCGGCACAUCUUGGUGGUUCCGUGGCUGGUAUAAUCUAUGGGUGGUAUAUUAGCGAACAGAUUAAACGUGAGAAGGCCCGCCGAAUGAGAAGAUUCAGUAUGUUUUGA